AUGGAUGGUUCGGCCAUGGAUUCCAAGGCAGUGGCUCAAAAUGGAAGCGGUGCCACCGGUACAGAUGAUGAUGGCGAAGACAGCCAACAACCUGUUAUCUCCAUUGAUUGUUUCAACAAGGAUCCUGAACAAGACAAUGAUUCUACGGAAAUGGAACUCUGCAUGAAAAUACGUUACAGAGAUGCACUGAGGCAAUACCCCCAUAAAGUCAAUGACAUCGCCGAGUCCUUUCCAUUCCAGCUUCCUCCUACUACAAAUAUUGAUGUGCGUGACCAGUUGUUUCAUGUGGUCUGUCAGGCAUGGAAACAGGGAGAUGGUACACAGUUUAAAACAGUUUACGACAUGCUCCUUUGGUUCUGCAACGACUCGUCAUCAGACAAGAAGAAUGCCCCUUCCAGUUCCUCUGUUCUUGGUAUUCUUCUGGGGCACAUGGUCCCUGUGGAUGCUCGCACUGGGAGAGUUCAACUGACUCAAAGUCAGAUCAAUCUUUUGUGCCAUGAUGGCAUUGUGGCUCUCGGCAAAGACGAUAUUACCCUCCACAAGCAAAAAGCCAUUGAGGAAAAUCAUCCAACCAAGAUUGUGUUUAUCAUGUUUGAAAAAAGGAUGAAGGAAUUGAGGCAGCAUCAGCCUACCGAUUCUUGGAUGCUCCCCAUGAAAUCUUCUACCGGUAUAACUCAACAUCUUCUGGCAGCUUUGAUUUCCACCAGACUCCUUCCGUUCUUCACCUUCCAGGAACUCUUCCCAAUCCUCUUGACAAUCUAUGGAAUGACGCUCGUCAAGCCAGGCAGCUAUUUCGACGAACUUCACCAACAUGCCCUCUUGAAAAGAACGGCGUUUGGUGCGUACCGCGAGCACUACGAUUUACGUGGGGAACUGGAUACGGAAACCGACCGGUAUUUGUUGUGUUCUGUCCGUCGCGUCAUGCAUGCACUUUCGUACCAGCCAUCCAACAACAACAAACCUCGGGCCAACACAGGCACUAAUUCCUGCAGUCUUGGUGCCGCUAAUAACAUAAUGGGCAGUACAGAAUCCAGCCUUGGCCAGCCCGGCAAUCACAGCGGCCAAACCCUUCGUCCAACAACAAACAGUGACACGAUCAACAGAUCCACGGAACCAACCGACAAUCUGCUCGAAACAAAGAGGUCGUCCAGUCGCAACCAUGACAACGACGAGAGCGAGAGUGGUAUGGAUCUAGUAGACAGAGCGUCCCUUGUUUAUUAUUGCCCUUGGGACCAUCAUCUACAGAUUGAGCACAUGGUCCAAACCGCCGCCAAGCCAGAGAAAGUUGCAGCUGAAAUGGAACGUUUCAUCAAGUAUCAAUGUGAAGGCACUUUGAAAUCCCUCCACUUCCCUCAAGUCAAUGGCAUCAAAAACUCCAAGCAGUCCCAGCCGUCUGAAAUCCGCGAAAACUUGCUUCAGACUGUCUUCCAUUCUAUGAAACAGGGAGAUGGCAAGGCGCUUCCAAAAGCUUAUUAUGACAUUUUCGAAUGGUCCUGCCAACUUUCCUCCAUCAACAAUGCUCCUUCCAAAUCCUCUAUUCUUGCAUAUCUUCUUGCAAGCAUGGUCCUUGUGGACUCUGAGACUGGCAGAGUUCAUCUCACUCAAAGUCAGAUCAAUCAGCUGUUCCAAGCUUGCAACGACAAUAACAACAAAGCUGUGGCGAUGGAAGUUGGCAACCCAAAAGAGGCAGCAGGAGAAACCAACAGUACCACCACCAGCAGUUUGAGUGAGAGCAGCAAAGCCAGUAGCAGCCUUUGCAUGAGCGACAGAGACGGAAAUAACAACGAAGCUGUGCCGAUGGAAGUUGGCAACCCAAAAGAGGCAGCAGGAGAAACCAACAGUACCACCACCAGCAGUUUGAGUGAGAGCAGCAAAGCCAGUAGCAGCUUUGCAUGA